CGUAUAUACUGAGUUAUCAUGUAAACGUUUGAUCGUAUUGUGUCUAGACGCAAUUAUUUCAAUCCAUUACAAAUAUUUUAACAAUUAAAGCGACGUUUGUACAGUAAAAAGUCAGUUCAAGUGACUUUUUAAGUGCUCGUUAAAUGCGUAAAAUUAUUAUUUACUAGAAAUGAAAUUUCUACAAGCAGAUCAACUUGAUCACAAAAAUCUAGGUUAAUAGUUAGAGAAAGAAUGACAAAAAAUAGAUGAAAGUGACGGGAAAGGAAACAGGUAAAUUAAGACGUAAACAUGUGCAUUUAGCGAUCGCAAAUAGUUCAAAUGUAUCAACGUUUAGGAUGACCUUAAACUGAGCAUUCAUCGACAAUGUAAAAAUGUGAUUGCUUAAUUAAGGUCAUUGGCACACGACAUAAAUUGGUUGAUUGGUUUACUUCGUUGCUUUCUCCGGUUGUUUACGUAACAGAAAACUAAUUGUAAAAAAUAAAAUUUUAUGUACAUUAUAAAUUAAGAAAGGGCAUCGAAGGGGGGAUGGGGUCGUAGCCAUAUUGAAAUCAGAUUGUUAUCAUUUUACAUCACAGGACUAUCUUGCAAAAUGACAAUAUUCUAAAGACGCAAUUCUUUCAUAAAAGGCACGUAUUACGUCUUACACGGGGGAGGGGAAAUAGCACCGAUGUUUACGGUUAAUAAUCCUGUCUUGUCUGAUAUGCAAGAAAGUCUUGUGUUUUUAUGAAGAAGCAGAAUAAGGAGCGUUUGGAAUGUCUUCACUCAAAUGGCUCUUUGAGUGAGAACUCCAAAAUAUUAAUAAAUAAUCUUGUAAAAUAAUUCAACAAUCGCCUUCCAUUAGUAGUUGACUUUACUUGUAGUAUUCAAAUAUUGAAAUGUCACAUAGACAAAAGGUUAUGCUGAUUAUUUUACACAGACAUGGGACAAUUACCUGGCAAACAGAGCUGCUCAGUGGAGCGAGACAUGUUAUUUUGAACAUCAAAGAAGAGGGCUUGGUGCAGAAUUUAUCCUACUUUACAAGCACGGGACGACCCGUACCUCCAAGGUCUGUUGUACAGCGGUCUAUAGGACUCUGGGCAGCGGAGAAACGCCUGUAUCGGUGGUCCCGAGGCUGUGGUGCUGCAUGUCAUUAUACACAGCUGAUUUGGGCUCAAACUUCACGGGUUGGCUGUUCUCUUAGUUUUUGUCCUUUAUUGAGGGUCGGACAAGGCUCAAUCCAAAGAAAUGCCAUGUAUUUUGCUUGUUUCUACGCACCAGCUGGUAAUUUUAUUGGUCAGUACCCAUUUAUUCCUGGACGCCGAUGUUCAAGAUGUGGUCGUGGAGAGUCCUGCUUAAGGGGAUUGUGUGCUGGUCGAGUUCAAAGAUUUUUCGGUGGUCGUCGACGUCGCUCAGCAAAACUGUCUGCUAAAGAAGAGUUCGAGGGGAUCGUUUCAGAGAGGUCUCUAGGAAUGUAGAAACAACAUCAGCACUUGAUAGUAAUAUCGGACAAAACCUCGGAGCAAUUAAACUGAAACUAAAUCAAAUUAGCGGGUUGAUUUCUAUCGGUUGUUUAUGAAAUUACAGUUUCUUUUGACACAUUUGUAAAUGUAUUUAAAAAGUUAUAACCAACUUUGCUUUGUUCAUUGUAAUAUAAAAUCAUUUUUGUUUAUUGUAAUAUAUUUUU